GCUUAAUCAAACAACAAAUAUCAAAGUUACAAAAAAGGCAAUAUCGUACAUUUUUUGCCAAUAAUAAUCGCUAAGAUGUCCCCCGGAAGGCCACAGGCCCUAAUAACUUCAAUCUACUUAGGUCUAAAUUAGCCUCUUGAUACAACAAAUAAUAUUUACAAAUUUCAACAGAAUUGGGUAAAUAUUUUUUUAAAUAAUAAUAAAAAAAUGUAUCAUCCUGUAUCUUGAAAACAAGAUAUCACCCUCUAAAAUAUAUGUCUAUUUUUCGAACACUCUGUAUAGGCAGCAGCGGUGCCGUAGUAGUAGACGUUAUGGGUCUACUAAUCAGUCACCGGGCGCUGCGCGGGUUCCAAUUCUGCCCAAAGAGAUUUUUUCUCUUGGCUAUGGACAUUGUAAUUGUCCGAUCUCUAAGGCCCUCGCUCCAUGUGACGUCUUCCCUUUUCCCCUGUAUGCCCCUACAGCCCCACGGUACCCAUAAGUAUCUAGGCCUUCGGGGUGAUUGAAGUUUGAAGUAAAAAAAAUAUAUACAGGAUCCUGAUAAUAUUUAAAAUAUAAACAUAGUUAUACUAUGCUGAUCAAAAUUGAUGGCAGUGACUUGACAGUGGCUCACCACUGUUAUCUUAUGGUCGCUGCGGUGGGGGGCAAUUUUCCGUGGGUGUGCGAACCAGCUUUUAUAUAAGGUUUCAACAGACAACUAUUUUAUUCAUAUUAAUGUAUUUAACUAGAUAUUUGAUGUCAGAGUACUAUACGAUGGAACCAAUGUUACUAUGAAGAAAAUAUGGUAAAGUUGGGUAAUUUGUACCACUUGGCGUAUUUUAUAAAAUAAUAAAGACUUCCAGAGUAAAAAACAAGAACUGAACAAAAUUAAGGGAUUGUUGAGCAAGUAUAAAAUAAAGGUUUGGUCAAAACAUACAGCCAAUAGAGAUCCGGCUGGUUUUGUAAUGAAAAAACUACAUGAAACUAUUCAGCCAGAAUUAUUAACCCAGGCAUGGUGUAAAUUUUUUGAAAUGCUUGGCCACUUUCCUAUUGUUCCUGAAGCAGUCCUAAAAGAAAAGCAUUUGAAUAGUGUUCAUUUAUGUGAAGCUCCAGGGGCCUUCGUCUGUUCUCUAAACCAUUAUUUGGUAUCAAAGCAUGAUGACAUUCAGUGGAACUGGAUGGCAACCACUUUAAACCCUCACCAUGAAGGGAAUGAACUGAAUCAAAUGAUUCCUGAUGACAGGUUUCUAAAGUAUACCCUAGAUAAUUGGAGUUUUGGGGAAGAUUUUCGUGGUGAUAUAUGCAGUAAAUCGAGUCAUGCAUAUUUGAUAAAUCAUCCAUUUUGCAAACAAAAGGUCAUGUUAGUAACUGGUGACGGUAGCAUAGAUUGUAUGAAUGAUCCAGGAGAGCAGGAAAGACAUGUUGAAUACCUUCAUCUUUGUGAAGCUGUAACAGCUGUACAUAUUCUUAAAACAGGUGGUUCAUUUGUGUUAAAAAUCUUCACCAUGUUUGAAGAUUCAACAAUAUGUCUUCUGUAUCUGCUGACUUGCCUUUUUGAAAAAGUGACAGUGUUCAAACCGUGCACAUCAAAAAGUGGGAAUUCUGAAGUGUAUGUUAUCAACUUAGGUUUUAAGGGAAUUGAUUGUUCAUCUAGGUUAAUACAAGAUCUAUUACAAUGUUUUACAAACAAAAAAAUAUAUGAAACAAAAUCAAUGUUCAGUUUGGACCAACUGCCUCUAGAGUUCCUGACUGAUAUAAGAAAAUGUUCAGAGUUUUUUAUGAAAAAACAAAUAUCCACUAUUUUAGAUAAUAUUUAUCAUUUUGAAAAUAGAACUAGUGAUAAUAUUUAUAUGCUGAAGUUGCAAAUAGCAGAUUUAUAUUUCAAACUGUACGAUCCGAAAUGGAUUCCAGUAUAUAAAAGACUUGUUCCAUCUACCAAUGUUGGAGAUUGUUGGAGAAUUUACAAUACUUUCCGUCUAAAAUUUCUGAAUGAAGUACCAGUUGAUACAAGAAAUGUAAUUGAUUCAAUGCUGGAAAUCAAAACUGGGCAAAGCAUUGAAGUAGUUAGAAGUUCAAAGUUCACUCACAAGGGUAAUUUAGGAAGAAUGGACAUCUUUCAAGCAGAGGGAACGUCAAAUAAGCUGUAUCAGCACAUCAUAGAUAAGAUUGAAGAUAAAAAUGUAGUUAUAAAUGUCAGAAUGUUUAACAUACGUAUUUUUCAUGCAUUUCAAAAAGACGUGUUUUUUAAAAUAUAUAGUUGUUUGCACAGUCAGAAAAAUGUCAUUUUUGUGAAUAUUCCGUUCGUGACACAUUUUUUGGUAGGCUUGCUGUAUCUUUUAUUGUAUGCAUUUGAGGCUGUGCUUAUUGGGAACGGUAUGAUAGUAUGUUGUAAAUGGAGAAUGGGGAGUGACAUAAUUCAGUUAUUUGAAACAAUAAAAGAGAAAUACGCAGCUUUAAAAGUAAGUCGUCCUGGUGGAGUUAAUGAUAUUCUCCAACUUGUUCAUCCAAAAUACUUUGACGAAAACGUCAGAUUCAUGACAUUACUUUGGAAUUACAACAAUCAGCUGUUUUAUCAAAAAGCGUCUAUCCGAGUGUUAACAUUUUUUGACUUGUAUAAUAAAUAUACCUGACGAUGAACUUAUGUUUGGAACUUUGUUAGGGUUAAAGUAUAAUACUAACAUAAAUGUGAAUACUGUUCAUCAUUAAGUGACAAAAUGCUUUGGCGUCAACUAAAAAGACAACUUAUAAUCCAUGUUCCAGGUUAGAUAGUAGGCAAUAACUAACAACAUACAACUGUUAAGUGACUGAUAUUGUAAUGACGAGAAUGUAUUUUCUUCUCAUACAACGAAAUACGAUAUGUAAGAAAAAAGUUUAAUUAAACAGUAGUCAUUUAAUAUAUUUGGCGGAGAUAUAAUGGAUCAGACCUCGAAAAUUGGAACAGGUUGGAAAUCUUUGUAUGGUGGUGCUAGUACUGUACGUCCUGAUUCCAAUAUUUUUUGGCGUAUAAAAAUCAGUUUGUUAUUUCAGUAAUCAAAAAUAAUCCGUAUUUCCGUAUAUAGAUUUAGAUAUGCUAAACAAACUCAUUGUAUCUCACAAUGAUUUUCGAUUUUUAAUUAAACUAGUUGUUUUGUAUCUGGAUGUUUAAUAAAUUUUAUGAAUCCUAAAAAGA